AUGUUCAAUGCCAUUGGGAACCUCCGGAUUCGCAGAGUGGCUGUGCCAUUUUUCGAAAUUCUUGGUGGGCUGCUUCGUCCUGGGAAUAAUCUGGGAAUAAGUAUUGACUCACAGCCAUAUAUGGGAUGCAGCACCUCCCGACUCCGACUCUUCCCAGGCCAACGCAGUGGGGAUUUACAACUUGAUGGCUGUUCAUCUAUAUAUUCACCCGGUAACAGGCGGCCCCUCAUAAGUAAGAAUGCAGGUUCGUUUGAAAAGUAUGGUAUUGACUACCCCUGGGAGUUCGUCAUGAUUGAAUACCUCUUAACUGAGUAG